AUGCCUGCCCGAUCCGACAUUACCUAUUUUGGCGCCGGCCCGGCCCUGCUGCCGACCGAUGUGCUUGAGAAGGCGGCACAGGCGCUGCUGGACUUCAACGGCACCGGCCUGGGCAUCGCCGAGCACAGCCAUCGCUCCGAGCUGGCCACUAGCAUCAUCAACGAGGCCAAGGUCGACCUGGCUACCUACCUCGACAUCCCCGCCGCCGACUAUGAAGUCCUCUUCAUGCAGGGCGGUGGUACCGGCGAGUUCUCGGCCUCAGUUUACAACCUUGUCGGCGCCUGGGUUGCCCGCCAGCACGCGGCGGUGCUGAAGGACCUGGGCGGCUCCGAGGCGGCCGACGAGGCUGCCGUCGUCGCCGCCCUGCGCGCCAAGGUUGAGACUGACUUGAAGCUCGACUACAUCGUGACCGGCGGCUGGUCCCUCAAGGCCUACCAGGAGGCUGUGCGCCUGCUGGGGCCAGAGUAUGUCAACCUGGCCGCCGACGCACGGCUCGAGAACGGCGGCAAGUUUGGUAAGAUUCCCGACCAGGCCAGCUGGAAGCUGAGCAAGGACGCCGCUCUGGUCUAUUACUGCGACAACGAGACCGUGGAUGGCGUUGAGUUUCCCGAGUUUCCUAGCGCUCUGGCCCCCAAGGCCGACGGCACCGGCCCCAUCGUCGUGGCCGACAUGUCGUCCAACAUCCUGUCGCGCCGCAUUCCCGUCGCAAACCACUCGCUGCUCUUCUUCGGCGCUCAAAAGAACCUCGGAUCGACGGGCGUCACCGUCGCUGUCCUCAAGAAGACGUUUCUCCCGCCCACCAUCACGCAGCCUAGCCCCGCGCUGAUGCGCAGGCUAGGGCUCCCCAUCCCUCCCAUCGUACUGCAGUACGAGAUCGUUGCCAAGAACAACAGUUUGUACAAUACUUUGAGCAUCUUUGAUGUCUACGUUGCGGGCCAGGUUCUGAAGAAGCUCUUGAGCACCUUUCCUAACAAAGUUGACGGCCAACAGGCGGUGGCUGAGAAGAAGGCAGAGAUUAUCUACUCCGCCCUAGAGGCCCACCCAGAUGUCUACAAGAUAGUGCCGGACAAGACAGCCCGCUCGAGGAUGAACAUCUGCUUCCGCGUCAUCAAGAACGGAACAACGGACGAGUCUGAGAAGGCCUUCUUGGAAGAGGCAACGGGCCUGGGCCUUACGGGGCUCAAGGGCCACCGAAGCGUUGGUGGCAUCCGCGCCAGCAACUACAACUCGAUUCCUCUCGAGGGAGCAGAGAAGCUUGCCAAGCUCAUUGAGGCCUUUGCUAAGGCCUGA